GCGAGGGUCAGGAGCCCGGCGCGCUCACUCACAUCCUCACCGCACCCCGGAAGGCACGUGCGCGCUGCCGCCGCUGCUGCUUUGAGCACGAACGAAGAUGUAGUAACCCUACGAACGGAGUUUCACUGUUCAUUUCAUUUCUAAACCGGUUCUAAAACUGACGCGCUUCCUGUCUGCUUUUAGCCGUCAGAAGCGGCGCGCGCGCGCGGCUGGCGUCGCGUCAGCUUCAGCGGCAGCGGUUGCGAAGUGAGAUGUUGUGAGGGGCUCGGACCGGGCGGACUAAAAGUCGGCUCGUCCUGGGGAAAAAGACCUCAUCGUUGCCCCUGGCUGCGAUCUGCGGAGGUCGGUGGUGUGAAGUGAGCCCUUCAUCGCCGCGGGACUGCAGCCCGAGGACCUCCCACCACACACACACACACACACACACACACACACGCAGCUGAGCUCAGCUGCUCCUCAGCAGGUUCCUCCUCGGCUUCGCCUUCGCUUCGGAGCUCUCCUCGACCACAUGGCUCUGUGUCUGGCGCUGCUGCUGUGCGCCCUGGCGCCGCGGGCUCUGGGCGAGAACACGGGCGGCAGCAGAGCGCGCAGCUGCGCGGACGUGCGCCAGUUCUACGGCAGUAAGGGCUUCGGCACGAGCGCGGUCCCGCACAGCGAGCUGUCCGGUGAGCACCUGCGCGUAUGCCCACAGGGCUAUACCUGCUGCACCAGUGAGAUGGAGGAGCAGCUCUCCAACAUGAGCCGGCAGGAGGUGGAGAAGCUGGUGAGGGAAGCGGGCCGCUCCUUGCAGACGUCGCUGCAAAACCAGUACAGAAGCUUUGAUGGCUACUUCCUGGAGCUGCUGAACCGCUCUGAAUAUUCUCUGCUUCACUCUCUUCGGUCUACCGAAGGACAGCAUUAUGCACAGAAUGCACACGUCUUCCGGGACUUGUACAGUGAUCUGCGAGACCACUAUCGUGGCAAUGGUGUCAACCUGGAGGAGGCCCUCAACGACUUGUGGGCGCGACUGCUGGAGCAGUUUCUCCGGGCCUCAGAUCCGCAGCGUGACAUGGGAGAUGACUUCCUGGAGUGUGCCAGCAAGCAGGCAGACCUGUUGCGGCCAUUCGGUGACGCACCCCGUGAUCUGAAACUGAAAGCCAUUCGCACCUUUGUGGUUGCCCGCUCCUUUCGCCAAGGGCUGCUUGUGAGUGCAGAGGUAGUGCGUAAGGUAUCCCAGGUGCCACUCAGUCCAGAGUGCAACAAUGCCAUUAUGAGGCUCACCUACUGUCCACAAUGCCGUGGUCUGGUUGACAUCAAGCCUUGCACCAGCUACUGUCGCAAUGUGAUGAAGGGCUGUCUUGCCAACCAGGCUGACCUGGACACCGAGUGGGGAAAUUUGGUUGAUGCUAUGCUGCAAGUAGCCGAACGCUUCAAGGGAGCAUCUGGUGUGGAGAUGUUUGUCCUCGCCCUCUCUGCACAUCUUUCAGACGCUGUUUUAAGCAUGCAGGAGAAUGCUGAGGUUUUCAGCAGCAAGGUCCUCCAGGCAUGCGGAAGCCCAGGGGAGACCAACGUCGGCAGCUCAUUGUCUGAGGAGAUAAGAGCACAAGGAAAGGUGCACGUGGAAGACCAAGCGACUGCUGGGGGUCGGCUUGAAAAGCUGGUGAUGGAUACAUGCAGGAAGCUGAAGGAUAUGCAGCAAUACUGGACCCAACUGCCCAAUGCACUUUGCAAAGUGACAGCCGGAGCAGCCAAUGAGGAAAACUGCUGGAAUGGAGUGGCCCAGGCUAGGUACCUCCCCCAAGUGAUGGGUGAUGGACUGGCUAACCAGAUCAACAACCCUGAGGUGGAGAUAGACAUCACCAAGCCAGACAUGACUGUCCGCCAACAAAUCAUGCAGCUGAAAAUCACUACCAACCGCCUCAAGAAUGCCUUCGAUGGUAACGAUGUGGAUUUCCUGGACACCAGUGAUGAUAUCAGUGGAUCUGGGAGUGGAAUGUGCCACGGUGACCUUUGCCACCACGACCCAAGACUCAGCAUUCCUAGAACAGACCAGCCCAACAUCUUCGCCUAUCCUGCUGAGAAAAAAGGUGUCCGGGGCUCAGGCAACAAGACCAUCCUCUGCUCUGUCCUUCUUGUACUGUCCCUGAUCACAGUUCUGCUUCAGCGAUAAUUGACAGGCAAUUCCACAAAUGGGGCCUGGGACUGGGAAGGGGGCUUUGGGGAGGAAAAUGCGAAAAGGAUGGGCUUUUCACUUUGCCAAAAAUGAACAAAAAAUGAAUG